GAUUUAUUAGCAACCCCUUGGAUGGAACUCGUAACGCGUAGUACUUAACAACAGAUAAAAUGCCGAAUUCUGUUCGUUCUAAUGGUCUUGACGUAGCAAAGCAGUGAAGAUUUAUUAGGUAUUUGUAAAGAUUACAAGUCCGGAUUGUGUGGGUUCAAACAGCCAGAUUACGCUAUCUUCCAUAAUUCGCUUGCAGAAUCCUGCCAAAUUGACAAUUAUCGUAAAAUUUAUUUUGGCCGGAAACUGGCAACCAUACAAUCACAUAUCUCAAAUUAAGGUGAUAUAUAUAUCUUCGAGUAUGUGUUAUACUCCAGUUUACUUAUAGUACAUGGGAAAAUAAUAGAACUGAUCAACAACCAAGCCUGAAACAACACCCUAACCACGAGGAAUAAGUCCUUUAAACAGCUGUACCAAAUACGAAAUCGGAAACAGACAGUUUUAAAACAUUAUCUCAAUGUUACUGGAUAUAAACUUAACGUGCUUCACAUUUGUGGUCGCUAUAGUAGCAUCGCAUGGACGAUCGUUACCGGGUACGAGCGGAAUCGGAGGCCUUGGUGGGAUGGUUGGACUCGGCGGGCCACCGUCAUUUGUGGGAUACAAUCCAGCGACAACAUGCAAGGUAACAGAUUGGGGUGAAUGGAGCACAAAACCGAACAUCUUCGAAUGUGGUAUGGUUUUCAAGACUCGUGAUGUUGUCGGAAUCAGAAAGAAUUGUCUCGUCCCAAACUUGGUCCAGAUGAAGCGUGAAUGUGGCCCUCCUUCUGUCUCUAAAACAACGUAUGCAGUAAAAACAUAUUUUCUGGGCCAAAUUGGCCUGAACGCAGCACUUGAACGCGGCGGUAGUGGUGUGGUCCCCGAUAAUCAAGUGCAAGGCACCGAUCUCCUGUUUCUCGUGGAUAGCAGUGGAAGUAUCGGCCGUGCAAACUUUAGAGUUAUUAAAGAGUUCAUGAAGUUUCUGCUGGACAACAUCCCCUCUAUCUCGACGACUGGUACUAGGGUAGGCGCCAUCACAUAUUCAGACAGAGCGAUGACGACCAAAAACUUUGGCUUUAGCGAUUACUCAACUGUGGCUUCGCUCAAGUCUGCUAUCAACGACAUUUCUUACCAGGGUGGUAUUUGGAGCCAGACAACGUCAGCUUUAAAACUAGCAGACGAAAUGUUUGCAAAAGAAGGGCGGCGUAACGCGAGAAAGGUUUUGUUUUUACUGACGGAUGGUCCAACGAAUGGGCCUCAUGAGCCAAGCCCAGUUAGAAUUGCAAUGAACAUGAAGGCUAGAGGUGCAGAGAUAUUCGCUAUGGGGUUCACACCUAACGUCAACGAAUCAGAACUGUCGCUGAUAGCUUCAUCCGGGAACCAUAUAUUCUAUUGCGCCACCUAUAGGUGCUUUAGAGCAGUCGAAUACCUCACAACCCGAUUGGUAUAGAUAAAAGGCAUUACCUUGGGGAUGUACAACCUCUACAAAAUAGAGAAUAUAUUUACGUAGUGUUAGUAGACCAUAUGGCGUAAACGCUGGAAAUGUGGCUUCAGAUUGUGGGCACACCUGCCCAACUGCCCAAAGGAGUGGUAGUGUCAAGGUUACAUAGAACUAAAACGUAUUGGUGACGAUGAAACAGAAUUCAUAUGGCUAUGCAAUUAUGGUGAUGCAUGAGGAUGUAAUAAACCAAAAUGGUUUUUGAUGAUUAUCGACAGUUUGACUACAUGCCAACGACGUAGCCAGGAUACAAAAAAGAGGAGGAAAAUACAAUGGACGAUGAAGAAUGAUGAUGAUCUAAUUUUAAUAAUUUUAGUUUCAAACAUCUAAAAAUAUAUUUUCAGUAUUCAAAAUUAAGUGGGGGCAAUUGUAUCGCCUGUUUAUUAAAUAGCUAUACCAGGCCUCCUAGACUUCCACGAACGCGAUCAUCAGUUCCGACCUCGCGAACUAUGCUCCUUCCACCGGAACCACGGUU